GUAAAGAAAAAAAGAAUGUUAAAAAUAUUUGUUUCGUAAGUAGUAUAUUUAGAUUUUUUAAAAUGGACAGGUUGUCGCUUAAGGCACACUGUUCAUUAGCUUUCCUACUCAGGGUAACUUUAGUUCUUUAUUCAAAUUUUCACGAUAAAACCUUCAGUGUUCCAUACACCGAUGUGGAUUAUAAAGUAUUUACCGAUGCUGCGAGACACAUGGUAGAAGGUUCAUCUCCAUUCGAGCGACAUACAUACCGUUAUACUCCAUUAUUAGCUUUGCUUUUAACACCAAAUAUUUUUAUCUAUGAAAAUUUUGGAAAAAUUUUAUUUUCAUUGGUUGAUAUUUUAAUAGCAAUUCUGAUAACAAAAAUUUUAAGUUUGCAAUACUGUAGUACAAGAAUGAAACGUAUUUCUGCUUUUACAUGGCUGUACAAUCCUUUCACGAUUGUAAUUUCAACCCGAGGAAAUGCAGAUUCUGUGGCAGUUCUCUUAGUUAUGAUGACUUUAUACUUGUUCCUGCAGGAUAAGUUUAUUCUCGCAGGUGUAUUGCAUGCUUUAUCAAUUCAUUUUAGGUUAUAUCCUGUAGUGUUUAGCAUACCAAUGUAUUUUUCUCUUCAUCAAUGGAAUUAUUUUAUACCAAAUAAGAAUCAAUUAAAAUUGGUAUUUAGUUGCGUAUCGCUGGUAGCUCUUUUAACUGCUAUAAAUUAUUAUUUCUAUGGCUAUAAGUAUCUUUAUGAAAGUUUCAUUUAUCACGUUACACGCAAAGAUACUAAACACAACUUUUCUGUUUAUUUUUACAUGCUGUAUUUAUCUGCAAACCAACCUUCUAGCAUCAUCCAAAAAGUGUGUACGUUUCUGCCGCAGCUGAUAUUGUUGUUAAUGUUAUCAUAUAAAUAUUCAGGCAAAUCUCAAUUGCCAUUUGCUAUGUUUACACAGGCCAUGGUAAUAGUGACGUAUAAUCCGGUAUUAACAUCGCAAUAUUUUUUCUGGUAUUUGUCUCUUUUACCAUUGUGUCUCUGGCGCAUUAAAUUGAGUAUUCGUAGAUCAUUAUGCUUAUGUUUCUUAUGGAUCUUUAGUCAAAGCCUUUGGUUAUUGGCUGCUUAUUUAUUGGAGUUCCAAGGCUUGAAUACCUUUACUUACAUUUGGAUCGCGAGUUUGUUCUUCUUCGUUGUCAAUGUUAAAAUUUUAAACGAUAUUAUUGCACACUUCAAUUGGUAA